AUGGGUAUGAACAUAGGAAACACAGGAAACAUAUACACGUGUCAAGCUGAUGUGGAUGACGGAAUAGGCAAGAGAACAAUAACGAGUGAGGAGUACGAGUUCGACAGUGCGUAUCUUCAGAAUCCAUACAUCGUCUCUCCUCCACUCCUUGACAGACAAGAUGUUCAUAUGACAUGUCUGGCAUACGUCCGGAUUUUUCCAGCCGUCUCACCACUGAACGUGUACAUUAUUUGGAAGACAAAUGUCACUACCAUUGGAAGACAAGGAGACUACUCCGUUACUACAAGUACUUUAGAUGAGGACUGGAUAUCGAGCAAUCUAACAACACACAGUAAACAUGGGGAUAGAUAUUCUUGUCUAGUAGAACUGCAACAGGGUUUCCGUUCAGAAUGGAGUGAACCUUCCACGUUAAACACUAAUUUUUCAACCCAAGGCAACUCCACGGUGAGAGACGGAUAUGAUGUGAAGAUAAGAUGGAAAGUGACUCCUUUAAUUAAGGCAGUUCACUUGAUUACAAAUUCAUUUGGUCGGGACAUAUUUGUCGUUGACAAUCUACGGAUCAAGGUAUCAUCUCAGUAUAUUGCACGCAUAAGACUUGGGCCAAUAAUUUCUUCUCCUAAAUAUGGCAUACUGAGUUUCACAUUGUCUACCGUCACACCUGCUGAUGCUGGAAGGAUGACCAGUCGGAGAGCGAGUCUUGUAUCACCUCACAAUGUAUCUCACAGUGACGGAUAUCUACUGAUUGUGAUACCUAACACAUCGGGACAAGAGAAAACAAAUACAGCAGGCCAACAGGAUGUUACAGUCACUGUCACCAAUGCCGUGCCAAACGGUAUGUACAUUUAUGAACAUGCGUUUCCAGUUGCCAUCGUCGCCGGACUGUCGGUAGUAUCUUUGUUGAUCAUCUGUGGAAUAUCCUAG